UAAUGCGCUGCGGUCCAGAGUCCCAGGGGUCCGUAGGGCCUCCAUUGCUGCUGGCUCCAUCGCCACACUCUGCCAUGUGCCACUUUUCAGGUCUCCUCACACUGCUGGAGUGUUCAUUUUUUGUCAUAGGGUGCUGGCAGAUUACGGGCCUACCAUUGCUGCUGCCAGGCGUGUAAUUUGCCCAUGGGCCCCUGUACGCCUCCUCUAUGCUGCUGCCAGGUCCAGAGUCUUCUCAGUGGUUCCCUGUACGGCCUCCAUUGCUGCUGUCUCCAUGCCACACUCUGCCAAUAGUGCCACUUUCAGGUCUCCUCACACUACUGGUGUGUUCCAUUUUGUCA